CAACCCCGAGUUCAGAGUUCAAACCCACACUUACUCUCCUUAGAACCUUCUCAGUCCACCACCCCAGCAGGUAUAGACUUUGUUUCUUUGACAUAAUUCAAAGAUCCGGAGAGUGUAAAGUGACGACGUAAUCAGUAGUCGAUCAAGAAGCUCAACAACACGACACGAUGUCCACCGCCUCGGCCACUGAUGUCGAUAUUGGCGCAAGGGUAAAAUCUACCAUUCGAACUACUGCCGAUACUUUAUACACUUCUGUCAAACCUGCAGAGAAUGAGUUGGCUAGGUGGAGAAGAACUUUCGAGGGUUGUGCAAAGGAAGAGGUAGAGGGAAAAAAAUACCUCAACCCCACCCAAUUCAUCGAUGCCAUAGCGCCCACAGACGAGGGUUUUAAUCGUAUCAAAAGAGAACAAUAUGCCGUUUUAUUUCGCGUAGCAGAUGUAUCAAAAAGAGGGUUGGUAUCCUUUGAAGAUUUUGUGGUUUUCGAGACACUGUUGAAAAGGCCUGAUGCAGAUUAUCAAUUAGCCUUCUCGGUCUUUGACGUAGACGCAUCAGGUUCAAUAGAUUUUGACGAGUUUAAAAAUGUUCUUCAGGCAAAUCUGGCAACUUCGGGUAUACCCUUUGAUUUCGAUUGCGAUUGGAUGAAAUUAUAUCUUGGCAAACGUGGAGGAAGACAUGUCGUGGCUUACCAAGAGUUUACUCAACUCAUGAAAGGCUUUCAGGGUGAACGUCUCCGACAAGCAUUCCAUUAUUUCGACAAGGAUGACGAUGGCUACAUUGCUCCAGAUGAAUUCCAGAGGAUCAUCAUUGAAGUGGCAGGACACAAGCUAUCCGACUCGGUCUUGGAACGUCUACCAACAUUAUGUUUGAUGAACCAAGGAAGGAAAAUCAGCUAUUCUGAAGUAUUCGCAUUUCACAAUAUCAUCCGUGAAAUGGACGCAGUCGAACGUGUCAUCCAACAUGCCAUCCGUAAAUCAAAAGACGGUCGUAUUUCCGUAUCAGACUUCCUCGACCAAGCUGCCAAUACCAUGCGAUAUGGUAUUUUCACUCCUUUAGAAGUAAACAUCAUCUGGCAUUUCGCUUCACGAGGAGCUGCGACCGGUUCAUCCGAUCAACGUCUCACUCUUGCCGAUUUCGAAGCUCUUCUGGAUGCGAAAUGGCAACCUCCCGCAUUGACCUCAACUCCCGAGACGAGUAAAUCGGAACAUUUCAUUCAUGAUGUUUUAGAACCUAUUUACGAUUUCGCACAAGGUGGUGUUGCUGGUGGUUUGGGUGCAUAUGCUGUAUAUCCCAUCGAUUUGGUUAAAACGAGAUUACAAAACCAACGGUCGACGGUAGUGGGUGAGGUUUUAUAUAGAAACGCAUUUGAUUGUGUGAAAAAGGUCUAUACGAAUGAAGGUGGGGUUAGGGCUUUUUAUAGAGGUGUCAUGCCACAGUUAGUUGGUGUCGCUCCGGAGAAGGCUAUCAAGAUUACAAUGAACAACAUCGUACGACAAAGAGCUACUGAUCCCGAGACGGGUGCCAUUUCCUUACCUUGGGAAAUUAUGGCGGGUGGUACAGCCGGUGCUUGUCAAGUGGUCGUCACCAAUCCCCUCGAAAUCGUAAAGAUCAGACUACAAAUGGCAGGUGAAAUCACUCGUGCAGAAGGUAGCGGUGCCGUUCCUAGAGGUGCUGUUCAUGUUAUCAGACAAUUAGGUCUUGUGGGUUUGUACAAAGGUGCUACUGCUUGUUUAUGUCGAGACGUUCCAUUUUCCAUGAUUUACUUUACUGCCUAUGCGCAUUUGAAAAAAGACGUAUUUCACGAAGGUAGACGAGGAAAAGUACUUUCUUUCGGUGAACUUCUCAUUUCAGCAGGAGUAGCAGGAAUGCCAGCUGCAUACUUUACCACUCCCGCCGAUGUGGUGAAGACGAGGUUACAAUCACAAGCUCGAGCGGGUCAGACUGUAUAUAAAGGUGUGGUAGAUGGUUUCAGUAAGAUUUUGACUGAAGAAGGGCCAAAGGCUUUGUUCAAAGGUGGGAUCGCUAGGAUUAUUCGUUCUUCACCACAAUUUUCAGUAACUUUAACUGCGUUUGAGCUCUUGAACAAAUACUUUCCAUAUCCAUUCGCGAACCAACCUGUCCCCACACGUCCUACACGUCAACCCACAGAUAUUUCUCGUAUUCGCGCUCGGAACGCUCUCCGUAUCCUACUCGAUUGCAGUAGCGGUUUCGGUAUGGUUGAUCAGAAAGCUGCUGCUAAAGGGGUUCAGCAGUAUUUACCUAAAAGUCUUGGAAUGUGAUCAAGUACCAGGGUGGGGGUGAUAGAUAUAUAUAUGGAAAACCCUUAUGGCUUAUCAUUGCAUGCAAACACUUGGUCAAUG